AUGUCAUCUCGCUGGUACUCAGGAACUGGUCAUUUCACUGUGAUCAAGGGCCCGUCGAGCGGCCGACGGUGGAUUCGUGGAGAGUCCAUUGGGCGUGGUUCUUUAGGCACAGUGUAUCAAGCGAUGGACCAGCAAACCGGCGAGCUCCUCGCUGUAAAAGAGGUGGUCAUUAACGCCUCUGACUCUGCCGACAUGAAAUUCAAGGAUCAGCUCGAGAACGAGAUUCAAAUCGUCAAGGAGCUGAAGCAUCCGCGAAUAGUUGCUUACCUCGGCCAUGACUACAUGGGCGACUCCCUAUUCAUCUACCUAGAGUUUAUGGCAGGUGGCUCUUUGGCGCAAGCGCUGAAUCAGUUCGGCUGCUUCGAAGAGCCCUUGCUGUUGGCCUACACAAAGGAGAUGUUGGAAGGGCUGCAGUAUCUGCACAACCGGGAGACCCCUGUCGUGCACCGUGACAUCAAAGGCGCCAAUGUUCUCGUCGACUUGGACUGCCAUGCCAAGCUGAGCGAUUUCGGGUGCUCGAAGCGCUCCAAUGACACCAUGCCUCCCCCUCAGAGUCCUCCGAGUCCUCAGAGUGGCCGGAUGUGGCAGGGCCUGGUAGGGUGCAUGUUGGCCAGAGGCCCAAGGGUCAAGGUUUUGCACAUCACGAUGGGGGGUUUACCCUUCAGCGUCAGGGUACUGUCACCAAUCAGAGAUGCGGGACCCUUGCGGGGUGCGCCGCUCAAGAGGCAAGAGGCGGAAGACACGACGAGUUGGAGCUGGGUGUGUGCGAUGAUGCCGAGCGGGCGUUUGUCUCCUCGCUUCCAUCUUCGUAGGGGACGCGGCUGA